AAGCGAUGCGGCUGCAGGAAGUCCAUAACAAUAUCAGUUUCAAACGCAAAAUGAAAUGAAAUGAAAUCAAUUUUAGUGAGUGGUCAGUCGAUCUUCAAUCAAUCAACUGGCAGGAAGCACUUGCUGGAAGAAUUUUUAAUAUAUAUUUUAAAGAGUUACUCUCGAACUCUUUUGUGAUCUUGUGUUGACAAAUGACAAAUUUACCUCAUUUAGCCAGUGCUGAAAAAGAGUUCACUGGCUCACUUCACUCUCUCGCUCUGCUCCUGCGCUCUCUUGGUAUCUUCACACGAUUACAGUUAAUUAACGCAAAUGCAGUUUGCAUUCGCAUAUAGUAAAUUCCAUUUAAUUGACAUAAAUAUAUGCAGUUACAUGCGUUUUUGCUUGUGUCGUAUCAGUUUGGCCAAAAUUAUAAUAAAUUAGGCAAAAUCAACAAAGCUCGGCGCAGCAACCUUGCCACAGUUUCUCGAACCGUGUCACUUAACUGUCACGGAUUUAUCCCCCCCUUCGCUCUGCGCCGCAGCAGCAACAGCGCCAUACACCAUGCGAUAUAACGGAACCGUACUGCCCCGCCGCGCACUCUCGCUUUCAGGGCCUGUGGGGGUGGCUUAAUUAAUUUAAACUAGAGCUAGAGCGGAGGACGCCUUAAGUCGUCGGACAAACAAAAGCCAACAGCGCCACAGAUGCUACACACACACACACACACACACACACACACACACACACACACACACUCGAGCAUACACAGACAGUGUACAAUGUUUAAUAUUAAUUUUAUAUAAAAGCAACAACAAUUAAUUGUAAUUGACUCAGUCGCACGGGCAGCACACAAGAGGCCAGGUCGGGAAUUCUUUUGAUUUCUUCUUUGCUUUUUUUUCGUAUUCGCUUUGCGUUGAGUGCAACAAAUGAUGAGUAUGAUACGAGCCGGAGGACUCCGCUGUCAUCUCUUGCUCCUGCUCCUAACCAUUUGUGGCAUGGCCUGGGGCGAUGUGACAUACCGCGGCAAUGCCGUACAUCCAGAUUAUCCCGGGCAGUGCUAUUAUGAGGAACUCAAUCAGGCAAUACCCAAGAAGCAGUCCUACAAGCCAAUCAAUCGCGAGGGCUACUGCCAGUCCAUCUACUGUCGGCCGGACUAUGUUCUCGAAAUUGGAUACUGCGGCCGUCAUAAUCUGAUGCCCAACGAAAGGUGUAAAAUUGCCAGCGAUAUGCGGCGCACAUUCCCCGACUGCUGUCCCAAGUUGAUCUGCCAGGAGCAGGAGCCGGAGAGCAACUACAUCUAGGGCCGUCCUUUAGGUUGUGGAUCGUAUUUUCUCGUUUCCACAUUGCCAAGAUGCGUACCAGUGCCGUUUCAAUCUCUCUGAGCUU